AUGGCGCCACCUUCGCAGCCAGAAGAGAUGUCGCUCUUCAACGAUCCCAUUCUCUCUGACAUUAAGAUCCGUCAAAUCUACAAAGGCGAGACCAAAGAGUACUUCGCGCAUAAAGCUAUCUUGUCAGCGCACUCCAAGUGGUUCAUGCGAGCUUUUACCGGCCGGUUCAAGGAGGCUACUGCUAAUGUCAUUGACAUACACGACGACGAUCCCGAUCACUUCGAGCGCAUGUUGCGGUUCUUUUACACUACGGGACACAAGUUGGGACCAGUGUGCAAAUUCAGCGGGAACACCAAAGACAAACCCACAGAGGAGGACUUCCAGAAGCACCUUCUAGCGCCGAUCAAGCUUUACGCCCUCGCUGACAAGUACGAUGCGCCAGCGUUGUGCGAUCAUGUUACCGAAACUUGGCGCCAAAAUCUCGAGGAGGCGUGGGUAGGCUCUACGCAGUUGUGCAGUAUCAUCCGCACACACUACGAAACCUGUAUCACGGUCGAUGAUGCAAUGAGCGGUGUCAUCACCUGGUACAUUGUUGACCGCUGCAUGAGAUGGUUGGGAACAACUGUAGAAGCUGCUCUCAUGGCCAGAGAGCAUCCGACGUUCUCUGUCGACAUAUUCUUAGCACUUCAAGCGAAGAGCAAGAUCGUGCUACCAAAAUAG